AUGUCCUCCGGCGGCCUCGUCUCCGCUCUCUCUGGCUGCAAAAAGUCCAUGUCCUUCACCUGGAUCGGCUGGCCCGGCUUCUUCAUCCCUCCCAAGGACCGCCCCAUAGUCGACCGCCGCCUCCGCGAAGAGUACUCCUGCCAGGCCGUCUACCUCGACGAUGACGUCGCAGACCGUCACUACAACGGCUUCUCCAACUCCAUCCUCUGGCCUCUCUUCCACUACCACCCCGGUGAGAUGAACUUCGAGGACGAGAACUGGCUCGCCUACCGCCAAGCCAACAUGGCCUUCGCCGAGGCAAUCCUCACCCAGCUCCGCCCGGGCUCCAUGGUUUGGGUCCAGGACUACCACCUCAUGCUCCUCCCCCUCCUCCUCCGCACCCUCGUCGACGGCCCCCAGAACGUCGGCCAGAUGACCGCCAGCGAGGUCGACCGCAUCCUCGACGGCAUUGACUGCGAGGAGAUCAUCCCACGCCGGAUCCCCGACAUCAAGAUUGGAUACUUCCUCCACACCCCCUUCCCGUCCAGUGAGAUCUACAGGAUUCUCCCGGUCCGCCGCGAAAUUCUCCUGGGCAUCCUCUAUUCAGACCUUAUCGGUUUCCACACCUACGACUACGCCCGCCACUUCCUGUCCUCAUGCACCCGCAUUCUCGGCCUUCCCACGAUGCCGAACGGUGUCGAGUUCGAGGGCCGCCUCGCCCACGUCGGCACCUUCCCCAUCGGCAUCGACCCCUCCUCGUUCAUCGACAACCUCAAGAAGGACUCCGUCCAGAAACGCAUAGCCUCUCUCGAGCAGCGCUUCGCUGGCUGCAAGGUCAUCGUCGGUGUCGACCGUCUCGACUACAUCAAGGGUGUCCCUCAGAAGCUCCAUGCGCUUGAGCUCUUCCUCAGCCAGCACCCAGAAUGGAUUGGCAAGGUCGUCCUCGCCCAGCUUGCGGUUCCCUCCCGCCAGGACGUCGAGGAGUACCAGAACCUCCGCGCGACGGUCAACGAGCUCGUCGGCCGCAUUAACGGCCGCUUCGGCACCGUCGACUUUAUGCCCAUUCACUUCAUGCACAAGAGCCUGCCGUUUGACGAGCUCUGCGCGCUCUACACCGUAUCCGACGUCUGCCUCGUGACGUCCACCAGAGACGGCAUGAACCUGGUCUCGUACGAGUACAUCGCCUGCCAGCAGCAGCGCCAGGGCGUCAUGAUUCUCUCCGAGUUCGCGGGCGCCGCGCACAGUCUGAACGGCUCUAUCGUCGUCAACCCUUGGGACUCGCAGGAGGUCGCGGACGCGAUCUUCGAGGCCGUCACCAUGGACGCCGACACGCGGGCCGAGAACCACCGGAAACUGUUCAAGUACGUGAACAAGUACUCGGCUGCAUUCUGGGGCACGUCGUUCGUGAGGGAGAUGUCCCGCAUCGAGCUCCCCAACACCGACGUCAAGCCCGUCGCGGAGUCCCCCGCAGACUCGGUGCCCGACACUCCCGCCAAGCCGUCUGAUCCUCUGCCCGCUGCAUAG